AUGUCUGCCCCGGUGUUCGUCCCCCUGUUGUAUGUCCCCCUGGUGUACGUCGUGGUUUAUGUCCCCCUGGUGUAUGCCCCCAACGGUGUAUGUCCCCUGCGUGAAUGUCCCCCUGGUGUAUUUACCACCGGUGUAUCCGCCCCGGUGUUCAUCCCCCUGUUGUAUGUCCCCUUGGUAUAUGUCCCCCUGGUUGUAUAUCGCCUGGUUUAUUUCCUCCCGGGGUAUGUCUACCCGGUGUAUGUGCCCCCGGUGUAUGUCCCCCCGGUGUACAUCCUCCAGGUGUAUGUGCCCCCCGGUCCCCCGGAGAUGUCCCCCCGGUUUAUGUCCUCCAAGGGUGUGUCCUCAGGUGUAUAUCCCCCGGUUUAUUUCCUACCGGGGUAUGUCUCCCCGGUGUAUGUGUCCCCAGUGUAUGUCCCCCCGGUGUACAUCCCCCUGGUGUAUGUGCCCCCUGGUGUGUAUUUGCCCCUGGUGUACAUUCACCUCAGUGUAUGUCCCCCGUGGUAUGUCCCCUACGGUGUAUGUCCCCCACGUUUAUAUCCCCCGGUAUAUGUCCCCCAUGUUUAUGUCCCCCUGGUGUAUGUCCCCAACGGUGUUUAUGUCCCCCUGGUGCAUGUCCCCAACGGUGUAUGUCCCCCGCAGUAUGUUCCCCCGUUGGUGGUGGUGGUGGUGGUCAUGGUGGUGGUCAUGGUGGUGAUCAUAGUGGUGGUCAUGGUGGAUGUGGUCAUGGUGGUGGUGGUCAUGGUGGAUGUGGUCAUGGUGGUGGUGGUCAUGGUGGUGGUGGUGGGGUAG